AUGGCGGCCGUGUGCGCCGUCCACUGCGGUGGAGGUGGCUGGUCCGGUGGCGGCGGUGGCGGCGGCUGGUCCGGCGGCGGAGGAGGCGGUGGCUGGAAAGGAGGCGGUGGAGGCGGUGGCUGGAAAGGAGGCGGCGGCGGAGGAGCUGACGACUGCAGGAAAACUUACGCUGCCAUGACACGGGAAGACGGCGAGAACGACGACACAGAUGCGCUCAUGGACGAGGAUGAAGCUGUAGAAUCUUUACAGCCUCGUAACAUCAAUCUUUCCUCGUGGGUGCCUGAGCCUGCAACACCAACCACGAAAAAAGAAGCUGAGGCCGACUCUCCAAUGAAGCCUGUAUCACCUGUUGUCGCUGUAACAACGGAUAAAAUCUCGGGGGAGCCCGAAGAAAAGUGCAGUGUAGUGCUUCAAGUUCCGUGCCCUUCAGUGCCUGUGGAGACGCCGACGGCGUCUAAAGUGAGCUACCCAGCAGAACUAGAACGUCUCGAGACGCCCGUGGCGUCUGACGACGCAAUAUCUGCGACAGAAGCAGGGAUUGCGGACUUAGGAGCGGAAUGUCCCAAGACGCCAGCGGCGUCUGAAGCCCCGUACCUUCCCAUGGAAGCGGAGACGCCAGAGGUGUACCAUUCCCUGGAGUCUGAGCCGGAGGACGCAAGCAAUAGGGCCACAAGGAUGCCUGAGUUUGGUUCGGACGAGGAUGAAGGCACAUCAGGGAGCAUUACAGAGAUGAGAAGCAUGGUGCAAAAAUGGCUGUGGCUUAGCUAA